UAUUUUGGGAAUAAAGAAACUGUGAAAUGUGUCCAUUUGCAUUAUUAAUCAAACAUUUCUAGUUACAAAGUACAUUGUUUCCAAGAACAGCAAGUUGAGUAGAGAAAAAUGGGGUUGUUGACAAACAUAGUGGGAAGGAGUGAGCUCAAACCAGGAGAUCAUAUUUACACUUACAGAGCUGCUUUUGCUUACUCUCAACAUGGUAUUUUUGUUGGUGGAAGCAAAGUGGUCCAUUUUAACCGUCUCCAGGCUUUUUCUGAUGCUGCUGAUGAUGAAAUAUCAGACCUUUCUUCCUCUUCAUGUCCAACCUUUCCUGACUGUGGAUUUAAGCUACCUAACAGUGGCGUCGUUCUUUCUUGUCUGGAUUGCUUUAUCCGCGAUGGUUCAAUCCACAACUUCGAAUACGGAGUAAGCCCGUCUGUUUUCCUUGCCAAAGUGCGAGGUGGUACUUGCACUAGGGCAGUGUCGGAUCCUCCAGAUACAGUCAUACACCGAGCAAUGUAUCUUCUUCAAAAUGGAUUUGGGAACUAUAAUGUGUUCCGGCAAAACUGUGAGGACUUUGCCUUGUACUGCAAAACAGGUCUUGUGACAGUUGAUGGACCCGGCGUUGGAAGCAGCGGACAAGCUUCUUCUGUUAUUGGUGCUCCUUUAGCUGCUCUUCUUUCCUCCCCUUUAAAGUUGCUAAUUCCUAGUACUGUUGGUGUGGCUACAGUAACAGCCGGGAUGCAUUAUGUGAAUAGAUAUGCAACUGACAUUGGCGUUCGAAGUGAUGUUAUCAAAGUAGCAGUUGAAAACCUGGCAGAGAAGCUUGGUUAUGGAAGCAGCAAUGAGAGAACGAUCCUAGAAUAUGAGGCUUCUAAUCCGGAAACUGCUAGGUGACAUCAGUCUCAUUGUGUUACAUACGAUCUUGAUGUUGUACCGAUUUAUGAUGAAGUUGUGUAUUUGUUUGACGUAUCAUACACAUUGGCCAAAAACUGCUCUUUGGUUAUCCGUGUGUAAAAGGUAAUGAUCCUACUCUAAGUUGACAGUGAGUGAGUUUUAUUUGUUAUGUAUCCUUCUUACAAAGCUAGGCCUUUAUACCUAGUUUGGGAGUGUCGUUCAUCUAAUUGCCGAGUCUAUGUUCUGGCAUACAAGAUUGUUGUGCAGAAAAUCUGUAACUUCAUCAUA